CAAAGGGCAAGAAGGUAGAGACAACAAUACAUCACGCAAAGCAGCACAUACCACACAUAGUAUCUGAUACUUUAGUGUGAUUGUGUGUAGCCUUCUCCUACUAUUCAACUCAUUAGCAGACAUAGUAUCUGAUACUUUAGUGUGUAUGUACUGUGUGCUGUAAAUGGUGUGUGUACUGCCCACCCUUCUUAAGCCACAUUGUGUUUAGACUAGCACUCUCUCCUCCCUAACUUCCUCUCACAGGUCAUGCGUCCUGAAUGUCACCCUGCGCCCUAAGUAGUGCACCAAAGUAGUGCACUAUAUAGGGAAUAGGGUGCCAUUGGCCAUAGGACUCUGGUUAAAAGUAGUGCACUAUAUAGGGAAUAGGGUGUCAUUUUUGGAACGCGGUCGUAGUCAGAACAGUAGGAACACCCAGGUUGGUCACAGGACAAACCCAAAAGACUAAAGAAAAGGGACAAUGAGCUGGACACACACACAUCGGAGGAGAUCAGCUAUCUUCGUCUCAGUUACUAAGAGAACUCUGAGGGGAGCAUGUGCAGCUACUGAUCUCUCAGUGAAGAAACAGACACAGCAUGCACACACACACUCUCCUCCUCCUCCUCCUCCUCCUUCUGAAGCCAGGCGUGUGUGAGUCCUGUUCCCUGGUGGUCAGUCCUGCAGGGCUGGUGGUGAAGUAUGGAGCCCCUGCUUCGGGCUACUGCACCUCCGAUACGGUCACCUCUAUGGGCUGGGUGACGAGCCAGGGAGAAUCUCAGGUCUUUAGACCUGGGGUGAAAGAGCUGACUUGGAGAGUAGACAGCCUGACUGACUGGAAUAUAAAGCCUCAAUGCUUUGAGAUGUCUGAGGAGGGAGGCCAGUGUGUCAGAGUGUUGAAUGUUACUGUUUACAAGCUUCCAGACAGAGUAUCCAUCAGAUAUUUAAACCACUCUGGUCCCGUGGUUGAGGGGCAUCAGUACUCUCUGCAUUGUGUUGUUCAGAACACCGCUCCUAUUGAGCACCUCAGAGUGACCUUCUUCAAAGUCUCUACCAAUGGUGAACAGACAGUGUUAUACACACAACAACUGAACAAUGACAUUAGGGAACCGGUGAAUGAGAGCUUUUCCCUGCAGUUCUCCCCCACUAGUGUUGAUGACAGGGCCCAGAUGUGUUGUUCAGCCAUGUUGGAUCUGGGACCACAGGGACCCCAACCUCCUCCUGUAAUGGAAUCAGAAUGCCUCAACACCACCGUGCACUUCGCUCCUGAGUUCUCCUGUUCUGCCAAGCUGCAGGUGCGAGCGGGGGAGGGGCUAACUUGUGAUGUCAGAGGCAAUCCCCUCCCAUCGGUCACCUGGCUGAGAGACGGAAAGAUGCUGACCCCGCCCACACACCUGAGCAGAGAGGAUGCUGGGAAUUACACCCUCAUGGCUUUGAACCGUAUCGGAAAAGCCAAUCACACAGUGGAGGUGGAGGUCCUACAUGACCGUGCUGCUAGAGGAGCUUCCUGUCAGGCUGCUGGGAGUGCCACGGUGGCUCUGCUGCUCCACCAGCUCAUUCAUUGGCUAUAUUGAAUGAUUAUUUUAUUGAUCGAAUGGUUGAAUGAUUAAUUGACUAAUCAGGACAUCAAUCUCUGUGCUGGAGCUUUGUAAUUUGACUGUGAUCUGUGAGGGCAGUCUUCAGUAGAUCUGGAAUCAGAUCUGAGUUAGUAGAAAACCCUUUUUGCCUAAAUGUGAAAUUAACUGUUUUGAAAUGUGUUAUUUUGAAGUAGUGCUAUUGAACAGGUCUAUAAUUAAGCAAUAAGGCCAGAGGGGGUGUGGUAUAUGGCCAAUAUACCACGGCUAAGGGCUGUUCUUAUGCACGGCACAACGGUAUAAAUGUUUAUUUCAAACCCUAACCUUAAAUGUUUAUUACUAAUAAACUACAUAAAUGUUUAAGCCUAAUCCUAACCCUAAAUGUUUAUUACUAAUAAACUAUAGAAAUGUUUAGGCCUAAUCCUAACCCAAAAUGUUAAUUACUAAUAAACUAUAUAAAUGUUUAGGCCUAAUCCUAACCCUAAAUGUUUAUUACUAAUAAACUAUAUAAAUGUUUAGGCCUAAUCCUAACCCUAAAUGUUUAUUACUAAUAAACUAUAUAAAUGUUUAGGCCUAAUCCUAACCCAGUCUCUAGCAACAGAUCUGCCAUUAUCCUUAUUGCAAUGUUGUCAAUGUCUUUUGUGACUAAUAAAAGUUGA